CUAUAUUUAAAUAACUAUAUAUAAUGCAGUUUGUAAGCUGGGUGUUAGUCGCAAGUCUCCUGGUAUCGAGGGACGUCCGAGCCUACAUCGUGGACCGGGUGUCUCCAAGACUGCCGCAUCGGAGAUCCGACAUCAGUCCUAUCCAGGAGUGUCUUGAUGCGGAGGCUGAGACAGAGAACGUGUGUGACGUGUUCCUGUGCCUGGAGCUUGACGACACCUGUCUCAUCCAGGGUCUGUACGACCUGUGCCUGAACUUCUUCCGGAACACCAACAACUUCAGUCAAUCGGGCCAGGAGUGGAUUGCCGGGUCGUUCAGCUGUAUUGCCGGGACGCUGCAGCAGAUCGUGGGGCCGGACCUGGAGGACUGUGAUCGGCUCGGCAGCCUGGUGCUCACCAUCGAGGAGGAGUGUUUCUCCAACUACGGCAUCUGUCAGAUGGUGCGGUACAACGCCGAGCCGCUAGAGGCAUCGCUGGCGUCUACUGACCUUAUGAAUCAAAAGACCGUGCAGCAGCUGGUUCAGACCGCCAUGCAGUGCGGCCGCACGGUGCGCUUCAUCGUCCACCGGAUCCUGAGAGACAUCCUGGGCGGGAACCCGGCCCUCUUCUCCUCGCACGACUCCCGCUUCCUCAGCCUCAUCAGGGGACUCGGGAAGUGAACAGCAUCGCAGUUGCUACUUUUCGUCUCGCAAGGCCAUGUUGAUUUGGUUAUGUGGAUGACAG